CGCGUGGUCGAUCGAUCAUGUCGAUGGCACAGCAAGGGCAGGGCGCGGCGACGUUGCUGCCGCCGGAGUUCCGGUUCCACCCAACGGACGAGGAGCUCAUCCUGCACUACCUCCGCAACCGCGCCACCGCCGCGCCGUGCCCGGUCCCCAUCAUCGUCCACGUCGACAUCUACAAGUUCGAUCCACGGGACCUCCCUUUCCAGGCGGUGUACGGCGACUGCCAGUGGUACUUCUUCAGCCCGCGGGACCGCAAGUACCCCAACGGCAUCCGCCCCAACCGCGCCGCCGGCUCCGGCUACUGGAAGGCCACUGGCACCGACAAGCCCAUCCACGAGGCCGCCACCGGCCAGGGCGUCGGCGUCAAGAAGGCGCUCGUCUUCUACAAGGGCCGCCCGCCCAAGGGCACCAAGACGGCCUGGAUCAUGCACGAGUACCGCCUCGCCGCCGCCGUCAACACCUACAAGUCCAUCAAGUUCCGCAACGUCUCCAUGAGGCUGGAUGACUGGGUGCUGUGCCGGAUCUACAAGAAGACAGCCCUGGCGUCGCCGAUGGUGCCGCCGCUCGCUGACUACGACCACAUGGCCGACCACGAUGCCCUCUGCGGCGGCGGUGCCUUCACCGACGCCACCUGCAGACCCAUGAUAAGGCAGCAGCACCACCAGCAGCCGCUCGCCGGGAGGCUCCCGGCGUUCCCGUCCUUCUCCGAGCUGUUCGACGACUACGCGUUCGCGCAGAUCUUGGACACCGACGUCGAGCACGGCGCCACCCACCACCUCGCCGUACACCCCUCCCUAAAGCAGCUCCUCCCCGUCGGCGACAGCAGGCACGUAGUGGAGCCGUCGUACUACGCACCGUCGUCGUCGUCGUCGGACGCCAGCGGCGGGAGCGCGGGGAAACGCAAGGCCGCGAGCCCGGGAGAACACGCCACGCGCCAGCCGUCGGCCAAGAAGCUCAACGGGUCGUGCUUCGACACGCCGCCGCAGUCGGCGAAUGGCUGGCAGGCCGUGGCGUCCGUGCUGAGCGGCCUCAACCAUCACAUGCUUCCUCAGUUCUACGCUGCUCUUCACCACCCUUCUUCAGGAUCUUCAGCAUAUCCGGGAGCUGCUCUGCGAGCUGGGUGAUGGCGUUCGUUGGACGAAAGAAAUCUUAUACGACCUGGCCGGCAAUGCUACAGUCACGGAUUAAUACGGGGGGUUUACGGAGUGUUUGUGAUUUGUCAAGUGCUAAUUAAGGAUGACAAUUUUAUCCACGGAUAUGGAUAUUCAUGGAUAUCCGACCAGAAUAGAUAGGGUUUGGAUAUACUUUUGUGUC